AUGGAGGAUUGCAAAUACAUGAUUAGCCGGAUUCCCCAAACUCGUUGUAGGCAUGUUUAUAGAGAGGCUAAUAGAUGUGCAGAUUUCCUAGCUAAAGUAGGUACCUCUAUUGAGGGUGAUUUUAUUGUUUUUCAUAGUCCGCCUGUGGACUUACUUAGUAUUUUGGAGGAUGAUGCCAUUGGUGUGCAUGAAUUGAAAGUUGUCCAAGUGGGGUUUUCAGUCUUCAAAUUCAUAACUCCAACACCCCCUAGUUUCUUUAAGGUCAUGGAUUCCUCCAUUUCUACACAAGCGGAUGGUGCUGCUGCCACCCAAGCGGAUGGUGCUGCUGCCACCCAAGCAGAUGGUGCCACUGCCACUGCCACCCAAGAGGCUGCUGCUGCAACCCAAGCUGAAGCUACUGAUGGUGAGUUGCCCCUAGUUCCACCUAGUGUAGUGAGUAAGACUGGUACUGGUAGUGGUAGGAAAAAGUCUUUAGCUUGGAAUCAUUUUGAAAAAGUAAAGGUAGAUGAUGGUGUCACUAUGGCUGUAUGUAAUUAUUGUAAAAAAUCAUAUCUGGCUGAUAGUAAGAGUUGUGGUACUAGUAAUUUAUUAGCUCAUGUGACAAUCUGUCCUAAGAACCCUAAUAGAGAAGAUAAAGGGCAGAAAACCUUGGCUUUUGAACCCAAAAAUGAUGGAGAUGAAGGGUUCAAACUUGUGUCAACAACUUUUUCUGUUGAGGCUUCUAGAAAGGCACUAGCUGAAAUGAUAAUAAUUGAUGAGUUGCCUUUUAGGUGUGUUGAGGGUUAUGGGUUUAAGAAAUAUGUAACUACGUUACAACCUAAACUUCGUGUAAAAGAUAUUCCAUCUCGACAAACUGUGGCUAGAGAUGUAAUUGGAAUUUAUAAUAGUGAGAGAGAGAAGCUGAGGAAAUCCUUGAAGGGUUGUAGGGUCUGUCUUACUACGGACACAUGGACUUCUCUACAAAAUUUGAAUUAUAUGUGUCUCACAUGUCACUUUAUUGAUGAUACUUGGAAGUUGCAUAAAAGAAUUUUAAAUUUUUGUCAAGUUGAAGAUCAUAAGGGGGAGACUAUAGGUAGGAAGAUUGAGAUGUCUUUGCGUGAGUGGGGUAUUGAUGGCAUAUUCACUUUGACAGUGGAUAAUGCUAGUUCCAAUUUAACCACAGUUAAAUUUUUACAAAGGGUAACAAAAGAUUGGAAUGGGACAGUUUUAGGAAAUGAGUUAAUGCACAUGAGGUGUUGUGCCCAUAUCCUAAAUCUAAUUGUUGGGGAGGGUUUGAAAGAAAUUGAUGCAUCUGUUGGUAGGGUGCGUGAAGCUGUGAGGUAUGUGAAGUCCUCGCCUAAUAGAAAUCAAACCUUUAGGAAUUUUAUGGAGAGGUUAGGUAUGGAGUCCAAGAGUCUUCUUUGUUUAGAUGUACCUACUAGGUGGAACUCAACUUACCUUAUGUUAGAAACAGCUGAAAAAUUCGAGAAAGUAUUCCUUAGGAUGGACUUUGAAGAUAAUGGUUAUUCAUCAUAUUUUAGGAGCAAGGAAGAUAGUGGUGGUUUGGGAUCUCCUUGUAUGAGUGAUUUCCAAAAUUGUAGGACAUUUGUGACUUUUUUGAGGCUUUUUUACAAUGCAACAAAGAAAUUUUCUAGCUCUUUGUAUGUGACCUCAAAUGCCUUUUUUGAUGAAAUCUUUGUUAUUCAGGAGAGUAUUUCUCAUUUAGUUAAAUCCCAAAACACCCUCUUGAAAAAUACAGCCACAAACAUGCAAACUAAAUUUGAGAAGUACUGGGGGGAAGGUGAUAAGAUUAAUCCUCUUUUGUAUGUGGCUGUUGUUCUUGAUCCACGAAAAAAAUUGAGGUUUUUGAAGUUCUCUUUUUCUGAAAUUUAUGGGAAUGAAGUGGGGAGUGUGAUGGUUGAUAAGGUGAAAGCUCUUUUGAUGAAGUUGUAUAAUUUUUUCUGUUCUGUUAAUUCCCCAAAUGUGGAAGAACCAAGUGGGGGUGAGAGGACACCAAUGGUGGUGGGUGAUGCAAGUGAUCCAUAUGUGAUGGUUCACUCUCGGUAUGAGCUUUUCUUAGAAGCUGAGCAAUCUAUAGGUUGUAGUAAUGAGGUUGACAAGUAUUUAGCUGAAAAUUGUGAUGGUAGAAGGGAUGGGAAUUUUGAGGUGUUGGGGUGGUGGAAGGACAAUUCUAAUAGGUACCCAAUGUUGUCCAAAGUGGCUAAGGAUGUGCUGGCUGUACCAGUUUCGACUGUUGUAUCUGAGUCAGCAUUCAGCACCGGAGGCCGCAUUGUUGAUCCAUUUCGAAGUUCUCUCUCUCCUCUCAUGGUUUAA